AAGUUCAGAUCCAACCCUUCUGAUAAGCGACCAAAUGAUGUAACACAUAGACCACUAGACUUUUCGAAGUUUUUGAUAGGUAGACGUAGAGGCAAUAGUCAAUCAAAAACUGAGAGGGGCUUCAUUAGAUAUAAAAGUCGGAAGAAGGCCCAUAAAGCCCAUUAUAGAUUUACUUUUUUUUCUUACUGUGAAUAUCCAUUUUCCACCUGUUUGUUUCUAUUCCUUGAUUUGAGGCCAAAUCUAGAAGAAGAAGCAGCAAAGAAGAUUAGCCAGAAGAGGUAAACAAACACCAAUUCUUUUGAUCUGUCUUAUCACGUGUCUGUAAUAACUCAAUAUAACAAUACUAUUUGGAACCUCUCCUCUUCUAAAUAUCCCCAACUCAUUGAACACAAACUUAAAACUUGUAAACAUUUUUCAAAUUGUUUAGAUCUCUCUAUCUCUAGCAGGAUCAAACAAAAAAAAAGAAGCAAAAGAUGGGUAAAGCAAGAGGAGUAAAUAGUGGUGUUCAUCAAAGCUCUCUCGGUUAUCUCUUUGGUUCUUCCGGGGAUUCUCCAUCCUCUGCCGCUACAAAAAUGGGGACCACAACCACGACAACCACCACAACUACCACAGACGGAACCGGAAGAAGACCAAUUACGACCACGACCACCACCGUCACUGAUAAUAAUAAUAGAUUUGCUGCAGGUGUUAGAGGAAGUCCUAAUAACUACUUCAGAUCAGAAGGUCAAAACUCUGGAAACUUUCUCACGGAGAGGCCAUCUACUAAGGUUCGUUCAGCUCCUGGUGGCGUAUCAUCUCUUGGCUAUCUCUUUGGAGGACCAAAUGCUGCUGAUUCUGUAAAGAAAUGAAAGCUGCUUCCGACAAUCCAAGAUUUUUAAUUAAUCAAAUGUACAUCUUCCAUAAACAUGGUUGUUGUUGUGAUCAUUACGAGUUUCUAAUAGAAACCUUAAUUUCAAAAAGAAAAAAAGAACAUGUUACCAAUCUAAAUCAAAAAUAAACAAACAGUGCCCAAAUGAGAUCAUUUUUCACAAUCUACUCCUCAAAUAAUAUAUGUUCCAUCGUAAACUAGAAGCCGAGUCAAAUCAAAUCAUUGAUCCUGAAAUUAAUAAGGUGAAAAAAUAUUAUUAUCAAGUGCCAAUUUUGAGUCUCAAUCGGUGACCAUCCGGCAGAACACGACGACGGCUCUUAAAGCUCAAUCAAUCGUAAAAGCUUAGUGUGAUUGGGAUGUCUGAGAUCCGUAUUUCUUGCUUUGACACAGCUCUUAUAGAUUACAUCAAUGUUUCUGUAACUGCAGUGUGAUUUAUUGGAAUUGCCAGCUGUAGCACAACUAGAGAAGGAUCCUAAAUAUGGACCAGUUCACCAGCUGCUGAAGAUCUUUCUAACUCAGAGGCUGAAUGCUUACAGGGAAUUCCAAACUGCAAAUUCAGAAUGUCUGCAAAGCUAUGGUAACCAAAUUGUAAAUCCGUUUACUGCUCUUACUGUAAACACGUCCCAUCUCCGGAGAAAUCCUUAAUUUCUAUUUCUGGUUGGUCCUUAGGACUUGUUGAUGAAGAUUGUGUAACAAAUAUGAAAUUGCUCUUCCUUGUCUGUU